CUUGCGAUUUUGGGCUGAAAAUGAAGCUCCCGGUAGCGGUCGUCGUAGCCGCUUGUGCUGGUGCGGGGACAAUAGCAGCCACUGCCACGGGUGUAGUAACGUGUAGCAGUUUGAACGGACCUUUUUGCGAUGGUUUCGGUUAUGGUUUCACAGUACCGCCGUCGCAUGCUAGGCAGAUCCUCGACGUUGAUGUAGAGGUGAGGCUUUCGAGAUACAUGCACACUAAGGGUGUUGGCAUCCCCGAUAGAUCGGUCAAUAGCUGUGAAGCACUAAUUUGAUGCGGUGUAAAUGGGUACUCAUCAAUGGUACGUUCUAGGAAUUGGCGCUGUUGGAGUCGGAGAAGAACCUGAAAAUUGAAAAGGUUCUCAAGCAGUACGAGCUACAAGAUGCUAUUAAUGAAGCAGCUGCACUUGAAGAGGAAGAAGACAUUAUACUUGAUAUUGAGAUGCUGCUGGAUGAGAGGAUUGCGUUGCUGAACGAGCUGGAUGAGGACGAAGACACGAGUCCGAUGGCGGGUGCGUUUGCGUUCAGUAGCGCAAACGGCGCGUUUGAGGUUCUGGAAAGAAUGGACGGCGACGAAUUGAAGGAGUUUUUCGAGACGGCACUGGACGAAGUGCUCCUGUCAGUGGAAGCAGCAUUGCAAGAACUGUCUCCUGGGGCAGCGCAGGGCGUGCGCACCUCGGUACGUCAGCUUAAGGCAUUGAAAGACUAUUCGACAUAUAAAUUCCAGCGGCUAGAUGAGUCCCAACUCGCGAAUAUCCGAUACAAGUUCGCCAAUCACCGCCUUGUGGAGCUGCAGCAGACUUUCGAGAGUUUAGUGAUUGCAAGAGAUGCACAGGAUCGGCAGUUGGCGUUUGAGACCGCCGUCUUCCUGUUUCAACUGGCUCAAGAAGAGGUGAUUGAAUCAUCUGAAGAGUCGCGGUGGACGUGGAGGGUUCCAGAUGUCGGACGGGGACUGGGCUUGCCCCAAUCCUGGGUAUGCUCUGCCUGCUCGAAUAUCAACUUUGCGCGUCGAAACUCGUGCAACCGCUGUCAGACUGCCCGACCCGAAGCAGUGACCGGUGACAAGUCCAAACUCAAAGGAGGAACAGGAACCGACUCCCGAGGCCCGCCAGGUCUUUUCCAGCCUGGAGACUGGACAUGCAACACAUGUGGUAACGUCAAUUGGGAGCGACGUAACGAGUGCAACAUGUGCAAGAGCUCUAAGCCAGGGAUGAUAGGACUGGACGAGAAACGAGAUGGCGCCGGUGGUGGAUUCAACGAGCGUCAGGAACGAGUUGCGUCUGCUAAGACGGAGGUCGGAGAAGAUGGCUACGAUGAUUUCGGCAUGAGGAAAAAGAAAGUAAAAGCCUCCAAGACUGAGCGCGAGGCUGCUGCACUCGCUCGUCUGCAGCAGUCAUACAGCGCGAUUUACCAACCACCGCAAAGCGCAGCCGAAUUCUCUGCGGUUCCUUCGUUGCCUGCGUCCAAAAAAUUAAGAGAAGAAGCGGCAGGCAAUACCUCACAGACUCACGACCGUCGUGACGACGAGAAGCGGCAACGCAGCCGAUCACCAGCAGUUUUGACGAAAUCGAAGGGAUCUUCUCGACAUCGCAGUCGAAGUCGAGAACGACGUCGUCGCAGCCCAAGCCGAGAGAAAAAGGACCGAUGCGAUCGUAGCCGCAGUCGAGACCGACGCCAUCGUAGUCGUAGCCGCGAUCGAGGCAGUGAUCGCCGUGACAGGCGCUAUCGGUAGGACGGAAAGCUUAAAUCAAAUGUCUUUGCUUGUUGUGUCUCUUACCCUUCAGGUACGCUACAAUUGACCUGUCGGUAAAGGUACAUGCAUCGAACUCAGAAACGUACAUACUCCCCCCUUCGUGAUUGUUGGACUUUGUGCCAUCUUAUUGGAAUAUCUACCGUCACACGGCAGACUUAGCUCUGUGGCAGCGUUCCGCGCGAGCGGUCCACGAUACCCUUGACAUACACCGGAGCAACCUCAAACAGGUUCUUGAGGAUAAUAUCCGGAAUGUUG